AUGUCCGAGUCCAAGCGUCAGAUGAACUCCUCCGAGUUCGAAGUCGACUCCCACGAUCCCCCGAUCCAGUCCAAGGUCAAGACCCUCGGGCUCCUCGACAACGUCCGCACAGCCCUCACCGCCCUUACUCUACUCUCCGCCCUUACCAUUCUCGCCGUUUCCGCAGAUGCCUUGUCCGUCUAUCAGGCAACUCACCUCCCCGACGACUUCCUUCUCCCUCUCUGGCCCGCAAACUUCAAUAUCCGACCUACCACUGCUCUGGUCAUUUGCAGUGCCAUCGUUGUGGUGACCAGUAGUGUGUCUCUUGGCUUUGGGCGGAUCAAGUUUCUCAAUGACCAGGCUGUCCUCAAUGCCAUCUUCGUUCUCGUGCCGGCGGUCACCUCCCUCAUUGCUGCCAUAAUCGCGAUUUCCUUCUUCUACACUGUGAACGCGUCCACGGAGGUCGACACCGUCCAGAGCUGGAGCUGCCAGUGGCGAGACGUGGCCAUGACGAUGCGACCGCACUUUGGGACUCUUUGCAGGCAGAGCCAGGCUGGUAUCGGGCUCGCUGUGGCGCUCGUGCCCAUCCAGGUCAUCAUCUUGGGCGUCGCUGCUGGAGAGUUGGUUGUUCUGAAGGCCGUUAAUGCUGUUGGCGUUCCUUCCAGGAAGACGGCGAGCCCUCAUACGUUCUAA